CGAUGGCCGGAGCCGCGUGGAUGUCCAGGGUCUCUCGGCUGCUGGGGGCGUUCCACAAUCCAAAACAGGUGACCAGAGGUUUUUCUGGUGGAGUUCAGACAGUAACUUUAAUUCCAGGAGAUGGCAUUGGCCCAGAAAUCUCUGCUGCUGUCAUGAAGAUCUUUGAUGCUGCCAAAGCACCUAUUCAGUGGGAGGAGCGGAAUGUCACUGCCAUCCAAGGACCAGGAGGAAAGUGGAUGAUCCCUCCAGAGGCCAAAGAGUCCAUGGAUAAGAACAAGAUGGGCUUGAAAGGCCCUUUGAAGACCCCAAUAGCAGCUGGUCACCCCUCUAUGAAUUUGUUGCUGCGUAAAACAUUUGACCUUUAUGCCAAUGUCCGACCAUGUGUCUCAAUUGAAGGUUAUAAAACCCCUUACACUGAUGUCAAUAUUGUUACCAUUCGAGAGAACACCGAAGGAGAAUACAGCGGCAUUGAGCAUGUGAUUGUCGAUGGAGUUGUGCAGAGUAUCAAGCUAAUCACUGAGCAGGCGAGCAAGCGCAUUGCCGAGUUUGCCUUUGAGUAUGCCCGAAACAAUCACCGGAGCAACGUCACGGCUGUGCAUAAAGCCAACAUCAUGAGAAUGUCAGAUGGGCUUUUUCUGCAAAAAUGCAGGGAAGUUGCAGAAAACUGUAAAGAUAUUAAAUUUAAUGAGAUGUACCUUGAUACAGUAUGUUUGAAUAUGGUACAAGAUCCAUCCCACUUUGAUGUUCUUGUUAUGCCAAAUUUAUAUGGUGACAUCCUUAGUGACCUGUGUGCAGGAUUGAUUGGAGGUCUUGGUGUGACACCCAGUGGCAACAUUGGAGCCAAUGGAGUUGCUAUCUUUGAGUCGGUUCAUGGAACUGCCCCGGAUAUAGCAGGCAAGGACAUGGCCAACCCCACAGCCCUCCUGCUCAGUGCUGUGAUGAUGCUGCGUCACAUGGGGCUUUUCGACCAAGCUGCAAAGAUUGAGACCGCAUGCUUUGCUACAAUUAAAGAUGGAAAGAGCUUAACAAAAGAUCUGGGAGGCAAUGCAAAGUGCUCAGACUUUACAGAGGAAAUCUGUCGCCGAGUGAAAGAUUUAGAUUAACGCUCCCACUGAUGGCAUUUGCAGCUGGCAUUCCUAAUGGACACCACGUAAAUCUCUGUUUAGAAAACGAACCAUUUGUAUGCAUUUGGGUUGCUUGUUUCUUGACAGUAAAUUUUCAGAUCUGGCCUCGUAACAAAAAUCUGUGCAAAAGAUGCAGGUGAUAAACCCCUCAGCCUGCUUUCAAAGGACUUUCUCCAAGUGCUGUUUAUUUAUUAAAUGUCUAUCUGGUAAACAUUUUUUUUGUAAACUCUAAGGGAAUUGUAUCAUUUUCCAUUGUAAACCAUUUUACACUUCAGUUGAAAUAUUUUUUUUCCUCAGCUGUAAAUAUCAUGGUACAAAAUUAAUAAGAGAAAACAUCUAACUUUUUAAAGAAGAGCUCUUUUUUUGGUUUAUGAAAUAUAUAAUGGAAAUAAAGCAGAAUACUGGCAUUAUAGUAUAUGAUGAUAUUCUUCUAAAACUAAAUGGGCACAAGAGAAGUAUCUUGGGAAAGCUCACCUGAAGAACAGCAAAUACAAUAUAUUUCUUAGUUAUGAAAAAUAAAGAGAUUUAUCCUUUACGUGAAUUAUUGCAUAUGAAUAAACACUUCUGAUCCAAGAAAUAUAUAAGGAGAGAUGUAAUUUUGUUUAUAAAAUUCAGAUAAUAUAUUAGAUACAAACACA